AUGCGUGAGGUGAUUCGUCUGGGACAUGGGUGGGUUGUUGGGGAUGGUCGAAAUGUCGACUUCUGGACAGUCAAGUUGAUCGGGAAUGAUACUCUUAUUGACGUGUUGGUGGAGGAAUUACCAGAGGAAUUGAGACAUCUCAAAGUAUCAGAUCUAUGGUUGGAGGGUCUCGGAUGGGACAUGUCAAGAAUUGCACAGUUUUUAUCGGAGGAGACAAGAUUAGAGUUGGCAACUGUGGUAGUUGAUAAUGUGACAGGAGCGAGAGAUCGGUUAUCAUGGAGGGAGACACCUGAUGUUUGGUGGGCAUGGAAAUGGAGAUGCGGGAACGUUUUCGGGGAUAACACUCUCUGGAGAGACAGAGUGAAAUUUGUGAAGGAAUAUGUCAAAGAGGUAUCAGCCGGAAGAAUCGGGGAACAUGGUGUGAGAUCGACCAAUAGGCAGGAGCGCCUAAUUUCGUGGACACCGCUAUUGGUGGGUUGGACGAAGCUUAAUACAGAUGGCGCAUCACAUGGAAACCCGGGUGCAGCAACGGCUGGUGGAGUGCUACGUAAUGGGGAUGGGCAGUGGUGUGGUGGCUUUGCUUUGAACAUUGGGCGCUGCACAGCGCCGUGGGCAGAGUUGUGGGGCGUGUAUUAUGGGCUUUGCAUUGCUUGGGAGAAGCAAGUCCGGCGCCUAGAGGUAGAGAUUGAUUCAUCAAUGGUGGUUGGGUUCUUGACGACAGGGAUUUCAGAUACACAUCCUUUGUCUUUCCUGGUACAGUUGUGCUACGGCUUUGCUUUGAAGGAUUGA